GGAGCGGAGCGGCGCCGCCGCCGCGCAGAGCAGCAGCAGCGGCCGCGGCAGCAGCCGAGCGCCAGCGGCAGCCCCGGCCCGCAGCGGCGGCGGAGCGGCGGCGGGAGGCGGCGCGGGGGCGGCGUUCCUCGUGGGGAGCCUGGAAGAACCUUCAGUAGAGCUGCUAACACUGAUGAGAGAUCUUUUAUGCCAAGGUCGCUGCUCUCUGAACAGCCCACACCAUGCGUGAGUACAAGCUGGUGGUCCUUGGUUCAGGAGGUGUGGGCAAGUCUGCUCUGACUGUACAGUUCGUUCAGGGAAUUUUUGUUGAGAAAUAUGACCCAACAAUAGAAGAUUCAUACAGAAAGCAAGUGGAAGUAGACUGUCAGCAGUGUAUGCUGGAGAUCCUCGACACAGCAGGGACAGAGCAAUUCACAGCCAUGAGGGACCUGUACAUGAAGAAUGGGCAGGGGUUUGCACUAGUAUAUUCUAUCACAGCACAGUCCACGUUCAACGACCUCCAGGACCUGCGGGAACAGAUCCUACGGGUGAAGGACACUGAGGAUGUUCCCAUGAUCCUGGUUGGCAAUAAAUGUGACCUGGAGGAAGAACGAGUCGUGGGCAAAGAGCAGGGGCAGAACUUAGCACGACAGUGGUGUAACUGUGCCUUUCUAGAAUCAUCUGCAAAGUCGAAAAUCAACGUAAAUGAGAUCUUUUAUGACCUGGUCAGACAGAUAAAUAGAAAAACACCAGUGGAAAAGAAGAAGCCUAAAAAGAAAUCAUGUCUGCUGCUUUAGGCUCCAUCAUGCAGCAGCUCUGAGCCAGAUUGCAGGAAUGAAGAACUGUUGCCUAAAUGGAAAGUGCCAGCAUUCCCAACUUCAGAACCUUAUGGAAAUGAGUAACAUAUCGGAAGAAGCUUCUCCUGUUUUUUAUAUCCUGCGGGAAGAAUUUAGAUCUUAAAAUGGUUUGCACACAGUCCCUGGAAAAAGCAGUUGCUCUGUGUAUAUCUCUUGGAAAUUAAAGCCAAUAUUCCUCCUCCUUUGCAAUAGCAAUUAACAAAUGUGAAAAUAAAUAUAAUUGACUCUAGCAUAUGAUUAUCCCAAGGGGCAUGGAUGCAUUUCAAAUGUUAGAGAUUGCUACUAUAAUUAAAAUUCAUAUUGACCAUUUUAUCAUAAUUUCUCCCCAUCAAGCACUAAAAAUGUUCCACUGUUAUAUUUUAUAUCUAUAACUAUAGAUAUAUAUUAUCCAGAAUUUCCCUUUGAACUCACUGCAACAAAUAACUUUUUGAGUCAUUGACUUCAUUUUAUAUUUAAAAGUUACAGAAUAUCAUUAUUUUCAUUCUGCCAUUGUAUUCUAAUUAAAAAUGUUUGUGCAUAAUGCUUUGGAAAAAUGGGUCUUUUAUAGGAAAAAAACUGGGAUAACUGAUUUCUAUGGCUUUAAAAGCAAAAAUAUAUAAUAUACUAAACCAACUCUAAUAUUGCUUCUUGUGUUUUACUGUCACAGAUUAAAUUACAGCUUUUAUGAAUGAUUAAAUUUUAGUACAUUUUCA